GAAAUAUGUGAAACACUUCGCAUUGCACCAGUGACCGGCAUACUUACAAAAAAUAUUUCUAACUUAAAACUAUGGUUUAAAACUGUGAUUCUUUUUAAUCUCGUACACAUUAUGUUACAUUUAUUACAAAAAAUGUGUUUCUAAGUUUAUAAAAAUAUACUGUUGGUAUUUUUAGUAAAAAAGAUAGAGGAAGCGUUUGAAUCAGGUUAUGUAUUUGUAUACAACAAUUUGAAGAAAGAAAGAAAUCAAAAUGAAUAUUAAUGUGACACUUGAUGAACGUUUGACAAGUAACAGUUGCGUGAAACUCGUAAUUGAAUUACUAAAAUAUAUCUUAUAUCAGAAACAGCAAAUACCAUUUACAUAUGAUUCAUUAAAUCAGCUACAAAUGAAAAUCACUGAUAGAAAUUUGUCUUCUAUAAAAUCUUUAUUAAAUUCCUUAAAGAAUACAUCAGAGCAAUUGAAUUCACAAUUCCAUCUUAAAGGAUGUAAAAUCAAGGAAAUUGCUAUACUUAUCGGUGCUACUAUAAUAUCACCAAGAUUACAUGUUAGAGUGGAAUUUCCCUCUGAUGUUCUUAGUAGUCAAGAUCAUCAUGAAUAUAAACAUGCUUCUAGGAAACCUCUUUUAAAUUUAAUGAGAUCAAUGUUGGAAUGUUCAGAGUUUCAAGAUGCUUUGACUUCACCAUUACAUCCUACAAAUACUUUUGUACUGAUACAAAAGAGCGAUAGUAAUGCAAUAUCAGAAUUCUUUUUACCUAAACCACAGUAUAUACCUCCAAUACAUACUUCUAAUUAUUUUGUAAUUAAGUUGCAACAUAGUGAUCAAGUCAAAGUAGAUUGUAAUUGUAUAGAUUUAGUAAAAGUUUAUAAUGAAGUAUCAGACUGCAACACUAAUAAAGGUAGGGACAUUCAAUUGUUAAAUAAUUCAAAUGGAAAUAAUACACAUUCUCCUUACUGCUGGUAUCAAUCUAAAGAAGUAAUUAAAGGAUUCAAAUUUAUAAGAUGACCAUAAAUAUAUUAGUGUAACUAUAGGCAAUUGAAAUAGCAUAUUUUUUACUAUCAUGAAAUAUCAGUGUUGAAAAGAAGUAUAUUACUAUUAAUAGAUUUAUUGUUAUAAUGUAGAAAAUACGUUAAUCAUAAUGUUACAAACAUAUGACUAAUUGCAAAUAUAUAUAGAUUAUGUUUUAAAAUUUUUAUAUACUGAUAUGUACAUUGAUCAUACUUAUACUGAUAAAUACAAUUUGUACUAAAACUACUUUUUCUUUCUGUCUUUUUCGUCAUUAUCUUUUGUUGUUUUGUCUUGAUUAACAGUGUCUAAAAUAUUGAGUGGUAGCUUAUAAAUUGUAACUUUUAAAAUCCUAAAAUCAACGAUUAUUAGUAUUCUCAUUAUCAGUAUUAUUAGUCCUCCAAUCCAACUCCACGUCAUUAUGAUUGAAAACAACUGCAGCCAUAAUAAUGUUUUGCACAUAUCAUAAUGAUGAAAAUUAGACAUUUCUACAUAUGAUUGUAUGAUGUCACAUUCACUGCAAAUUUAUUGUUAAAAUAGUAUGUUAAAAAUAUAGUAAAGUAACUUGUAUCCAAUACCUUACAUCCUUUAAUUCAAUGGUAGAUUGAUAUAUUUCAGAGAAAACAUUUUUUAUAUUUUUAUUAAAUUCCUUAAGCCCUUGUUGAAAAUUGUAGUUUGCAUACAUAGACAUUAUUGUAAACAAAAAGUUAACUAAUACUGCAGGAAAGACAAUUCUCCAUGGGCUUUCAUAUCUACACAUCAAUAUAAUAUUGAUUACAUAAGUUUUUAUUAAUUUUUGAUUAAUAAUGUAAGUUACAGGUACUUGCAUUGCCACAUUAUAUCCACCUUUCCCACACAUAAAGAAAAAGGUAAACCAUGUAAUUCCAAGUAUGCAAGAUAAAAAACAUGUUAUUAAAUAUAUGUUACAUUUAUGUACAAAUUCGGAGUCCAUAACAACAUAUUUCCACCAGUCUGUAUAAUUUGACCUAAUUUCAUACAGCUCAGGGAUAUCAUUUAGAUCUGCUUUUGCCAGUAUAAUAAAUUUUGCCCAGAGCAAACAAUCGCCUCCAAAACCGCCUUGCUAUCAAAGUUUUACAAUAAGAUAAUGGAUUUUAUAUUUUAGAUAUAAUAAAAUUGUAAUUAAUUAUACCCAUAAUAUAUAGAAUAAAACACUACAAAUAUAUCCGCUGAUCGUACAUAAAAGAUAAAGAAACAUUUGUAUAUAUUUCCACAGCGCGGAAAUUUCAUCCAUAUCACGCUCAAUUAAUUCUUGAUAUUCUUCUAAAAGUUGCAUGUUGUAUGCUUAAGUAUAAUAUCCAUAGUUAAAAUGAUUUCGCGCCAAACUUCAUCCAUACCAAGAGACAUGAAUCUGAUUGGUUUGCUCAUAGCAAGCAAAAUUCAAACGACAAUAGGACGGAAUUUCAAUUACCAAAUCGUUAUUACAUUGCAGUGUUAAUUUUUCUGGUGGAGAAAUAUCUAAAAUCUGAGCCGAAUUUAUAAUAAAAUGAAUCAAUUGAAAUAUUGAAAUAUGGAUUAAAAGUGAUAGGAGAAACUAGCUUUUCUGAGUAUUAAGCAUAGUAGAUUCAAUAUAACUCUGUGGUUUAAAGGAAGUGUUGCAGACCGAUCGUGGGAGUUGGACCAAGAAACGGAGGAACGCGCGGACCGCGAACCGCCACAGUGUUGUCGACAAGAAGGAUACACGAAGGCGAGAAAUUCUUGUUUUUUUUUUUACAUCCGAACAGCGAAAAUCACGAGGAAAACGAUGGUGGAUGCACGUUCUAAAGGGUCAUCGAACGAAUAAACUCAACUGCUGUGGACACGUAAACCAUUCGUGGGUGAAGUGAAACACAUGUGUCGGCCAAACCGUGUUUUCCACUCUAGAGUGUCCGUCCCGUGUUUGAUCCGUGAAAAUCUCACGUUUAGAAAGCCAACUUGUAUUUCAGUUACAAUAAUCUUGAGAAAAUUAACGUGUUUGAGUUUAAACACGUCGAUUAAUGUGAUGAGUUGCUUCUUCGAAAUGGAAUAAAACUUAUUGCAGAAGGCGGCAGUGCGUGGGUGGGUGGGUGUCUAGCGAUUGCCACUCAUGUACAUAAAAUUCCUUUUGGAAUUUUGCACAAAAUGUUGCUAUCGGACUAAUGAUAGUGUACUUUUAUAUUCAGUGUUAUUCUGUUCAAUUGAUAUGUAUUAAUUGGCACAUUAUUCAUGCAAAUCUUUUUAGACAUAAGAAAAAAAAUAUCAGUUAAAUUUCACAUCAACGCUGUUCUUGCUGUCAAUUAUAUUUGGCUAGUGUCAGUUUGACAGUUUUAAAUAAAUAACAUGAAUG